CAAGUUACAAAACAUUUCGAGCAUGUGGCGCGAGUUUAUUUUCCUCUUUAGUCUUUCACCUAGCUGCUGUAGGGCUUUUUGAAAUCGCAUUUUCGGAGUUUUGUUCCGCACAAGUAGUUUAUUCUAAUCGCUGAAAGUGCACUAAAAUGACAACAAAACGCAAACUUUGUGUGCAAUUACAGAAAAUUACCUCUAAAGAACUCGAUGGAGUAGUCCGACAACCUGCACGGAAAAAAACCACGGUUUGUAAACGCUACGAUUCCUCACCGGAACCAGAGGAAACACCAAGCAAGAAAACGAAAACAACUACUGACAUCGAAAACAAAAGUCAGACGAUCAGAGAGGACAUUAAGGAGGAGUGUACAUCUCAUGAAGAUGGAGGACUUUCAGUAUAUGAACUGGAACGCCUGGAGAACAUUCGACAGAACAAAGCGUUUCUGUCUUCCAUGAACAUAUUACAGGCAGCGGAGGAUUUGAAGCUGUGUUCAAAGCCAAAGCCAUCGCAUAGAGGUCUGUCGAGGUCAUUUGCUGCUGUAGAGGAAGUCCUUCCAGCUCGAAAAUCCCUUCGUCUCCAAAAAAUUAAGGCAGAGGUCUUGACACUUCCUCGUGAACCCAGGGGAACGCUGACCUACACAAAGUAUUCGUCACCCAAGCAUCCUUCUGGCCCUCUGCCUAUGAAUCCAGUCAACAUGGAGCAGGGAAGCAAGCUGCCUUCACAACUUGUUGAGCUCUACUCCGAGGAUUCGGCAAAAGAAAGAAAGAUGGACCUUGAGCUGAAAGAAUAUUGCUCUGCCCUUAAGCACAUGAGGAUAACGGAGCACACCGUGGCCAAAGUGGUGAAGGAGCGCAUCGUCUCUGCAGCCUUCCACCCCUGCACCAGUCGCCUGCUGAUGGCCACUGGAGACAAGUGGGGAAAUCUAGGACUGUGGACGUUGGGUGGGGAUUGGGGGGAUGAUGGCGUGCUACUCUUCAAGCCCCACACUAGUCCUGUGAGCUGCAUGGCGUUCUCCAGAGCUCAGCCCACCCAACUGCUGAGCCUCAGCUACGACGGAUCUCUGCGCUGCAUGGAUGUCGAGAAGGCUGUCUUUGAUGAUGUGUACGACAUUGAAGAAGGCCUGAGAACGUUUGACUUCCUGUCACAUGACUGUUCGACGCUAUUGGUUGGGAACUGGAAUGGAAAAGUGGCCAUCGUCGAUAGGCGCACCCCAGGAAACUCCCACGAGUCCCUCCACAAUAUGGACCCCAAGAACGUGCGCUGUGUUAGCGUUCAUCCUUUACAGAAGCAGUACUUUGCUGUUGCAGAAAACAGGAUGGUGAGUAUUUACGACAGCAGAUGCCUGAAGAAGAAUCGCAAUCAGGCGGUCUCCACGCUGCAGGGCCACUCUUUAAGCAUAUCCAGCGCUUAUUUCUCCCCUCGAACAGGAAACAGAGUUCUCACAUCCUGUUUGGAUGACCACAUAAGAAUAUAUGACACAUCUGCAAUGACUACAGAAUCUCCCUUGCUGACAUCCAUCAGACACAACAUGCAAACAGGCCGCUGGCUGAGUAAAGUAUCGGCAGUGUGGGACCCCAAACAAGAAGAUUGCUUUGCGGUGGGGAAGUUCAAUCCUCGAAGUGUGGAGGUUUUCCACGAAAGCGGCAAACUCCAGCACUCUUUCGAAGAUCCACACCACCUGACCACAGUGCUGUCCGUCACUGCCUUCCACCCCACAACGAACGCCUUACUUGGGGGCAAUAGUUCAGGACGCCUGCACGUAUUCACCGACUGAGAUGAGAACCAAAAUGUGACCAAAUAAAUGCUUUGCUUGCAGUUGGGUAGAAAGUACAUGUAAGAAAAACGUGUUAGUCCAUCUGCCCCCGUUCAGUAUAGAAGGGUUUCUGAGUGUUUGGACCGAGUAUAAUCCCCUCUGUAGACCCAUUACAUUUUGUCAUGGUUCUCACAGUAAAUGCCGUUGCGAAACACAUUUAGUCACAGGUUCAUGUCUUUAGUCUACUGUGGAUUUGAAUGUUAACUUUCACUUAGCGAAACUUUAAAUCAUUUACUUAUUUUGCAGCACUGUUCACACUCCGCUGAUGUACCUGCAGAUUGUGACUGAGCAGCAAUGUCCUGCACAGUCUGGACUAAAUGUAGGUCGGGACUUCUAAAGCCUGAUUUUGUUUUGGCUUCAUGUUUGCCAACUAUUUAUUAUAUACUUCAAUCUCUUUGAGUUUUUUUUGAUAAUAAGAAAAAUCCAAGUGCAUCCGAUAUCAGAUUACACGGUAGGUAGAAAAUGACACAGUUCAGAGACAUUUAUAAAAUAGGUGUGUAAUGUUCUGUUUGGAAAUGUUGUAAAAUGUAUUAUUUCUUUUCAAUGUUUUAUUUUCUCUUCUUGGUGCAUAAUAAUAAUAAAAGAAGACAUUUUGAAUAAGUGCUCUGUAUUUCAUGAGUGGGACAAAUAAAGGUAUUCUGAUUCUGA